AUGGCCUCCAGAGAUUUGGUUAUAGGAAUGCUCUUCUUAAUCCAGACCGUGGUUGGAAUCUUGGGGAAUUUCUCUCUUCUUUACCAUCAUCUCUUCCUUUACUUCACUGGGUGCAGGUUAAGGUCCAAGGAUCUGAUUCUUAAUCACAUGAUUGUAGCCAACUCCUUGACCCUCCUCUGUAAAGGAGUCCCGCAGACAAUGGCAGCCUUCGGGUGGAACCAUUUUCCCAGUGACCUUGGGUGUAAACUUCUUUUCUGUCUUCACAGAGUGGGCAGAGGUGUGACCCUUGGCACCACCUGCCUCUUGAGUAUCUUCCAGGCCAUCACAAUAAGCUCCAGAAACUCCAGGUGGGCAGAGCUUAAAGUGAAAGCUGUCAGUGUCAUUGUCAUUUCACUUUUCCUGUGCUGGAUCCUGCAAAUGCUGAUAAACGUCAUGUAUGCCGUGUUUGUGAGUAGCAAUUGGAGCAAGAAAAACAUCACAAACCAAAAACAUUUUGGAUACUGUUCUGCUGUUCGUCAUGACAAAACCAGAGACUCAUUAUAUGCAGCACUGCUAUCAGUCCCUGAUAUUUUCUGUUUUGGGCUCAUGCUCUGGGCCAGUGGCUUAAUGGUUUUCAUCCUGUACAGACACAAGCAGAGAGUCAAACACAUUCGCAGGACCAACAUCUCCCCUAGAUCCUCCCCUGAGUCCAGAGCCACCCAAGGUAUCCUUGUCCUGGUGAGCACCUUUGUGUCUUUUUACUCUCUCUCCUCCAUCUUUCAAAUUUGUAUUGAUAUUUUUGAUAAUCCAAAUUGGCUGCUGUUGAAUAUCUCAGCCUGGAUUAAUGGAUGUUUCGCAACUGCCUGCCCAUUUAUUCUCAUGAACCGUGACUCCAGUAUGCCCAGGCUCUGCUUUGCCCCUUUGAGGAUUUCAAAACCCCCUAAACUCAUAACAAACAAAUAA